AAAGCGCAUAACAGAUAAAAUGAAAUGAAAUGAAAACCGUUUUUUUUAUUCUUGUUUUCUGUAUUUUUCGUGCCUUUGAUUCUGUCGACGCUGUUUAAAACAUAAAAAAGAACGUUAUAAUAAAUGAUGAUGCAGCAAUAUAAUGAUAAUAAUAACAAACAUUGCGAUAAACGCGCGUGAUAGUGAAUGAGAACAAAAUAAAACGAUAGAGAGUGGAACAGAGAGUGAGAGAGAGAGAGAGAGAGAGAGUGUGUGUGGUAACGAAUUAAAAAAGCAAAAGAAAUGCCGCAACAAGUGGAAAUGAAAAGCAGCAAGCGAAACAGCAGCGAAAUCAGCGACAACAAUAAUAAACAGCACAUUUCCAAUCAGAACGAGGCGACACAGUCGCAGCUGCGCAGCAAGCGCAGUCGCCAGCUGCAGCCACAGCAGCAUAUCUAUGAGAAUCUGCCAGCGUCUGCGACGUCGCAGCAGCUGCGCAAAUACUUUCGCCGCGAGGUGAUCUACGAAAAUCUGUGCCACGGCUGCGGCUAUGGCGUCUUUGCAGCUCAAGGUCACUAUUGUCACUUCUGCCAGUGCAUUGUUAGCGGCAGCGUCGUCGCUGCGCUGCAGCACCAGCAGCAACAACCGCAGCCGGCGUCUGAGUCGAGCAGCAACGAAUGCAAUAUUUAUGAGAACAUUUGCGAGCUCUGCCGAGGUAUCUACAGCGACAGCGAGCAAUGCGAGUGUGCAAGGAGUGCCACGCCCACAGCCGCAGCUAUAGCUGAAAAUGUGGCGCUGUUGCCGCCGCAGCCACCGCCAGCAGCGUCAACUGCCGCCAAGUCUGGCAAAUCACGCACUCUGCUGGGCUACUCCAAGUCCAGCGCAGCGACGUUGACGCGUCUCUUCGGCUCGCUGAAGCAGCUGAAUCGCUCCGGCUCGCUGCAGCGACGCCUUUUUCAGAGGGAGGUGGGCACCGGAAAGGCCGGCGGCGGCUCGUUGGAAAUCAUUCACAAUGUGGACGAAGUGUUUCGCACGCAGGAGACGUUCGAUAUGCAGCGCAUCUGCGAGCUGAAGCGUCAGCUGCAGUGCAGUCGCAGCGAUCAGCACAUCUAUGGCAGACUGCGCGGCGAGCGCGAGCCUGAAACGGAGCCGAAGCAGGAGCCGCAGCCGAAGCCGGAGCCGGAGCCGGAACCGGAGCGAGCGAUACAGCCAGAGGCCGAGAGCGCAGCAGAGUUGACGCGCAAAAAACCGCGCAUAUCGCGCAUGCGGCUGCUACGCCAAGAUGAACAGCAGCCAAACUGCCAGGCAGCAGCGUCGACGUCAGCAACAGCAACGUCACCUCUAUUUUUGAAUGAAAGCAUUUGCCAGUGGAUGCACGCGCUGCGACGCGAGCUGCACAGCUACGAGGAUGCAAACGGCGGCGUUGGCUGCCAGCAGCCCAAAAGCGUGCCGCCGGCGUAUGAGAGGGAGCGAGAGCGGGAACGUGAGCGAGAACAAGUGGCUGAAGCUGUAACGCUGCGCCGCAUCGAAGCAGCGGCAGCAGCAGAGGCAGAGCCUGCUGCGCAGCAGCGUUUGGUGAACGACUUUAAGCGCAAGCUGCUGGCCAAACCGUAUUUCCAAUUAGAUGCUCAAUUGGAAACCCAAUUAGCGCAACGUGUUGAGCCGCAUGACGAUGCGCAGCUAGACGAUCGACGUCGACGUCGCUGCGGCAUCAAUGAACGGCACGAUGCGGCCUUUGUUAGUGAAUUUCUCAGCGGCUUGGCGGUCAGUGAGAGCGAAAAGCCAGCGACAGAGCUCGAAUUAACUGUUAACACACAGCCAGCAUGCGCAGCAACAGCAGCGGCUGCGGCAGCGCUGCUUGCUGGACGUGUGUCGCUGCCUCAGCUGUGGCAGACAACUGCGCUUGCGGCCAGCUUGCAUCGGAGCGUCAUUUGCUACUUCGGCUAUGACAAAUUGCUGAGCGCCUUUUUGCAGCGUCGACAGCGACUGCGCAGCGACAGCAUUGAGCGCUGGCUGCGUCGAUAUCGGGGCUACUGUGAGAGCGACAACAACAAUAAAGCUGAGCGUGAGUCAGCGACGCGGCACCAGCAGCAGCAAAAGCAACGGCGUCGGCAGCGGCGACGCCUAUUGGGGCCGCCGACAUUGGAGCUGCCAGUUGUGUUAGCGACGCCACCGAGUGACGACGUUGCUGCGGUCACAUGGCAUGUCGGCAGCAUUAGCAAUACUAUAGAACAGAACGGGCGAGAGAGCGUCAGCGCGAUCGUGAGCGUAAACGUGUGUAAGAGCGAGCAACAGACGCGAUCGGUGUGCGCCAACGACGACGACGGCGUCGUUGUCGGCAGCGUUAGUAGCAGCGUGCUGAUGGCGGCACCCAAGCAGAGCGCCGUAACAGAGCGCUCCAGCAGCGACGACAGUGAAAACAAUAGCAGUAAUAAUAGCAACAACAACAGCAGCAAUAGCGACAAUAAUAAUAAGGAGCGUGACAAUGUUAACCAGCAGCAACAACAGCAACAAAAACAACAACAACAACAACAACAAACAAUAACACAGAAUUGUGUGAUAAAAGUGCGUCGACCGGCGCCUCAGGUGCCUGUGCGUAAUCCCACGACGGCGCUUACUAAGACCCAAAAUGAGAAAAGCAAUAACAACAACAACAAUAACAACAACAACAGCAGCAGCAGUAGCAGCGAAGCAGACACUGCGAUUGAUCAAGUGAAAAAGGAAGGAGCAGAGGCACAGGCAAAGGUAGAGUCAAAAGCAGAGGCAACAGCGGAGGCAGAGGUGGAGGUGAAGGUGGUGGCAUCUGUAGAGCAGGAGGAGCUGGAAGAGGAGGAGGAAUCCAUUUAUCAGACCAUAUGGCAGUUUAAAACCUUGGAGCCAGUGCCAGACGACAAUGAAGAAGACUUUGAGAUCAUCGCAGCGAGCGAUGCGACGGCCAGCGAUGACGAUGCAGACGCUGACUUUUACGCUGAUGCCGAAACCGAUGCUGACGUCUACGUCGACGCCGACGAUGUUCAGGCUGAGGAAUUGGCGCUGCAAGCAGCGGCAGCUUUUGCCGCCGGCGCACGUCACAGGCUGACUAAGCAAACGACGCCGGCGCCGCUGUCGCCGCUGCCAUCGCCAACGGCGUCUAUGGAUCAAGGCGCCUGGGAGACGGAUGACGAGUUUAUGUUCGCCAAGGCGGAUCAACAGCAGCACCAGCAGCAGCAGCAGCAAAGCGCUGAGACGCUUAGCGUGGGCAGCACGGUGACCAACAGCACAGCGACGCUCGGCUCUAUCAGCAGCGCGGGCAGCAGCAGCGUUGACAGCGCUGCGACUGCGCCGCAGACACUGACGCAUCCGCUGCUACGCAACAUAUGUAUUUGCUACAGCCUCAAGGAGCCGCAGAAAUAUAGCGUUAUCUUCUACGACUACGAACGGGCUCAAAUCCAUCGGCGAUUCAUGACACGCCAGCGAUGCCCGCCGCCGCCGCCUGCGCCAGCGCCAGCGCCAGCGCCGCAGUUGACAGCGACGACGUCGCAGUCAAUUGCGAAUUUAACCAGCAACGAUGACAGCGGCUGCAGCUGCGAAGCGGACACGGACGAACUGCAAGAACAUAUACCGCAUCCACUGAAAGAGGAUUGGGCUCUGGCCGUGCUCGCGGCGGCAGCGAGCAGCAAGCGCGGCGUCGCUGCUCGCGCCGGCCGCAAACUGCGCGUACGUUCCAGCGGUCGUCUGCUCAUACCCACCUCAGUGCUGGCAUGGCGCGAGCAGCUACAAGAUGUCAACUACUGUGAGGAUGAGGAGGAUAUGAUUGUGCCAGUGAGUGAUAUUCUGCGCGCCCAGCAAAUCCAAGAGGAUAACGAGGUGCAGCAGACGCAGCAGUCGACCAUCUUGCAGCGCUUCAAGAGCGCCUCCAUUGCCAACCUCGAUGACCUGCCCGGCGAGGAAGACAAGAAGUCGAUUCGGAAUCGCAUGCGUAUGAAAUUUCACAUCAAUCGAUCGCCGAAGAGUGAAAAGAAAUCGCGCUCGCGUCGCAGCCAGGUGAACAGCCUCUGUCUAGAUGAGCAGUCCAAGUAUCCGCUGUUCGCGGCACGGCUGAAUGUGCUGGAGCUGAACAUGUCGGAUCAUCCGUAUGUGCCGCGCUUUGUCGUCGACGUUUGCGCUCACAUCGAGCAGGACGACUGCAUCAAACAGGACGGCCUGUAUCGGGCCAGCGGCAACAAGCUGCUCGUCGACGAGCUGAAACGCAAGCUGACCCACUUGUACGAUCCCCGCCUGCUGCAGACGGACGACAUACACACGCUAACCAGCCUCCAUAAGCAAUUCUUUCGCGAGCUGCCAGCUCCGUUGAUCACCCAAGAGGCGUACGAUCGUCUGGGACGCUGCCUCACCGACGAUGCGGCGAUCGAGCUAAUGCAUUUGGCGUUCGAUGAGAUGCCCGAACCGAAUCGCUCCACGCUGCGUUUUCUAAUCAAACAUUUGACCAACGUUGCGGCAUUUAGCAGCGAGAACCGCAUGCCUGCCUCCAAUCUGGCCAUUGUCUGGGGCCCCUGCUUGCUGGCUGCCAACAAUAUCAAUUUCAACAUAGGCCGCAUGAAUAUGUUGGCCAAGGUGCUGAUCGAGAACUACGAGCGCAUUUUUCGUCCUGCGAACGAGCGACUUGUCUGCUAAUUCUGCACAUAAGUAUUCGUUCACACACACAUACACACAGACACCCACACAUAAAGGAGCUGCAGAGAACAACGAGGGAAAACAUCACAGUAGCUGUGCGCGCCUUUAAUUAAUACUAGAGGAACAACAAUUGAUCACAAUUUUCCAUCAUUUAUUGUAAUAAUUAUUAAUAAUAUUAUUAUUUUUACUUUUGUCUGGUUUUCCAUGUUUGCUUGCAAGUGUCGGAUUGAGUCGAAUCCCAUUUUGUGCUUAUUUUUUUUUUAAUGUUUAUUUAUUGUUAAACAAAGUGUUUGAGUGCAAACAUUUCAUGUAGUCGAAUUGAGCAAACACACGCAAAAUACUUACCAAAAAGACAGUAGACUAAGCUAAACUAGUAGUACAGUGAACGCUAACUAUGGCUAAUUAUAUAACAAGAACUCACACACACACACAUAUAGAUAUAUAUAUGUAUAUGUGUUAAAGCUUCUAUAUAUUUUUUUUUUAUAAAAUAUGAUUAAUAAAUUUGGUUUUGUGAAUGUGACCAAAUCGUAAGCAGCAUACUCUAGGCAUUAUCUAUGCAUAAUGUUC